CAUAUCCAUAACAACAAAAAACAGAGAGAUCGGAAAACAACCUAUUUACAGAGAGAGAGUUAGAGAGAGAGAGAGGUGGACUUGGUGGCGUUUUGGAGGGAGGGAGAAGACUUGCUCUUUAGGUCGGUCCCAUACCCUCCUGCCCCUCUUUUUCCUUCCUUCUUCCUUUUCAUCUACUGCCAUUCUGGGCUCUUUGUUUGUGGGGGCUCUUUUCCGUGUUCCUAGUUCGAGACCCCAGCGUUUUGGUGUUCUGGCAUCUGCCUUGCGGGGUAUAGGAAAAGAUAAAGGUCGAACAGAGAGCAGGACAGAAGGAAAGAGAGAACCAGUUCUUUGCCCCUUUCAUUCCCUUGGUGAAACUCCGGGGCUACCCUUUUUCUUCUUCUUAUUCCUUUACCUUUUCUUUCUUCUGUUUUGGCGAUUUGGAACGUGCUAUUGGAGAGGAGUUGAUUGAUCGGAGAGGUGGUGGUAGGGGGUGGGGGGUGUGAUCGGGAGGUGGGGAGGGGUCAGGGAGUGAUGGUUGUGAAGAUGAUGAAGUGGCGGCCAUGGCCGCCCCUCAUCACGAAGAAAUACCAGGUGAAACUGGUUUUGAAGAGGAUCGAAGGGGUGGUACUGGAGGAGGCGCCCGCUGCCGGAGGCGGCGAAGGAACUAGAUUCAUGGUGGAGAUCAAAUGGAAAGGGCAGAAGCCUGCUUUUACGUCCUUGAGGAGGAAGGUUGUCAGGAAUUUCACGGCGGAGCGCACUGUCUCGAAGAAGAAGGACGGCCAAGAGGAGGGAGAUGGAGGGGUGGUCGUGGAAUGGCAAGAGGAGUUUUCAAACGUGUGCACUCUCUCGUCUUACAAAGAGAAUUGCUUUCAUCCGUGGGAGAUUUCCUUCACCCUGUUGAAUGUCUCAAGUCAGGGACCAAAAAACAAAAUGACUGUUACUGGGACUGCAACAGUCAACUUGGCAGACUUUGUGGCUGCAAUGGAAGAGAAGGAAGUUGAGUCAAAUGUUCUUGUCGCUUUGCCAGGCGGGUCUGCUCAACCUCAACCAACACUGACUAUUUCUUUUUGGUCAAAAUUGCAGUUCUCUUUCAGCUUGUUGGAACUGAGAAAUGCUCAAGAACCUUCUGAAUCUGUUCCAAGAUUACCUGCAGCGUUGUCCCCUCUGAGUGAGGAAGCUUCACUUGGUGAGAAAGAAGAGCUUUCAGCCCUCAAAGCCAGCCUGAGAAAAGUCAAAAUAUUAACCAACUAUGUGUCUACUCGGAGAACAAAGAAGGCAUUUAGAGAGGAUGAAAGCAGUGAUGGAAGAUACUCUGGCCCCAGUGAUGAUGCUGAAUAUGCAUACCCAUUUGAUACAGAUUCCAUUGGCGAUGCUGAUCAAGGGGUUAAUGAUGACAAAGAAAGCUCUAGCUUUAGAAAAUCAUUCAGCUAUGGAACACUGUCAUCAGCAAACUAUGUUGGUGGAUCUUAUUACCCUGGAAUAGGAAUUGAUGAAGGCAAUGAGGGAUGGGUCUAUUACAGCAAUCACAGGUCUGAGGCAGGUGGCUCUCUUGCUGAGGAGUCAUCAUCAGGUUAUGUGGAGCCAUCUAGUAUACAGUCAUCAAAGCGGAGCAUUCUUCCUUGGAGGAAAAGGAAGCUUAGUUUCAGAUCACCAAAGUCAAAGGGAGAGCCACUCCUAAAGAAACAAUAUGCUGAAGAAGGUGGUGAUGACAUUGAUUUUGAUCGUCGACAGCUCAGCUCAUCAGACGAGUCUUUUGCUCUAGGGUGGACUAAAGGGGAGGAGGAUGCAGCUGCAAAUCGGUCCUCUGUGUCAGACUUUGGAGAUGACAGUUUUGCUGUAGGCCAUUGGGAGAGCAAAGAAGUAAUCAGUCGGGAUGGACACAUGAAGCUGUGCACAGAAGUAUUUUUUGCUUCCAUCGAUCAGCGCAGUGAACGAGCUGCUGGUGAGAGUGCAUGCACUGCUCUUGUCGCUGUAAUUGCAGAUUGGUUGCAGUGCAACAGAGACAUUAUGCCUAACAAGUCACAGUUUGAUAGCCUGAUCAGAGAAGGUUCACUGGAAUGGAGGAAUUUAUGUGAGAACGAGGCCUACAUGCAGCGGUUUCCAGACAAACAUUUUGAUCUAGAAACAGUUCUCGAAGCGAAGGUCCGGCCGCUUUCAGUUAAACAUGAGAAAUCUUUUGUGGGCUUCUUCCAUCCUGAUGGAAUGGAUGAUGGGUUUGAAUUCUUACAAGGUGCAAUGUCAUUUGAUAGCAUCUGGGAGGAGAUCAGCAAUGCUAUGUUGAACUGUUCAGAUUGUGGACCCCAUGUUUACAUUGUAAGCUGGAACGAUCACUUUUUCAUCCUCAAAGUUGAAGCUGAUGCAUACUACAUUGUUGACACACUUGGAGAAAGGCUUUUUGAAGGUUGUAGUGAAGCUUAUAUUCUGAAGUUCAACAAAGAUACCUCCAUCUUCAAAUUACCAGAAGAACCUGAGGGUAAAUCCCCCAAUGAUUCCCAGACAUCCCUUGUGGAACCAAAAGGCCAGCAGCAGCCUGAGGUCGAUGCAAGUGGAUCAUCAGAGAAAGAAGCAAUGGACAACAACACGACUCAAGAUGAGCUCAUAUGCAGUGGAAAGGAGUCAUGCAAGGAGUACAUCAAGAAUUUCUUAGCCGCCAUUCCUUUGAGGGAAUUGCAGGUGGAUAUCAAGAAGGGCUUGAUGACUACUCCUCUUCAUCAACGUCUGCAGAUUGAGUUCCACUACACAGCAUACUUCACACCACCCUCUACAGAAGUAGCUGUAGUACAGGUGCCCACAGAACCAUCUCUAACAUGAAAAUCAUUGGAGUCGAAGAUUCCAAUGAUACUUUUGAUCGAAGAAAGUUAUUUAUGCUUUUAACAAUUUAACACAACUCGUCAACCUUCUGUACAUGGCUUCCUUGACCUGUUUUUUUCUUUCUUGUUUCCUGUGUAUGUCACCCUUACUUCUGGCUUCUGUUUUCUUGAUGCUGUCAUAAACGUUACGGUUACUACCUCUCUUAACAAGAAAAAUUUGUGUUAGCUUUCAAUCUAGUUA